GUGAUGUGUUUUUAGUUUUGCAAUAGUAAGGAGCGAAGACGAUUGACAUCUCUACUGGCUUCAGUUUAGGUUGUCUAUAUAAUCUAUGCUUCAGUCAAAUCACUGCCACAUGGAUGGAGGGCGUUACUGAAAUUAUUUAGUAAAAUAAAAUAUUCAGUAAUUAGACUACACGAAAGCGGUGCGGUUUCCCGAGGGUUUAAAUUGUGUAAAUGAAACAUAUUUUUUAAAAUGUUUUCCACUGCGUCUAAAUCUUUAUUAUGUUGUACAAGCGCUAUAGGUCCAAACAGGGCGCUAGCGUCAAUUCUCGCAAAGAGCGCGUCCGUUGUAUCAGCGACGCAAAGUCGGAACUACCACGAGGUCACCGGUAACAUAAUCUGCCCCAAUGUAGUCAGAGGUAUCGAUCAUUUGAGAGAUCCACGACUCAAUAAGGGUCUCGCUUUCACGUUGGAGGAACGUCAGGCACUUGGCAUCCACGGCCUUUUGGCAGCCAAGUUCAAAACUCAAGAGGAACAGCUAGAUAUCUGCAGGAUAUCCAUUGACAGAUACGAGGACAACCUUAAUAAAUACCUUUAUCUCGUCGAGUUACAGGACAGAAAUGAGAAGUUGUUCUUCAGGCUUUUGGCCGAGAACAUUGAGAAGUAUUUGCCGAUUGUGUACACCCCGACUGUCGGCCUCGCGUGUCAGAGGUUCGGUCUCAUCUACAGACGACCAAGAGGUCUCUUCAUCACAAUCAACGACAAGGGGCACAUAUUCAACAUUCUUAAAAACUGGCCUGAACCUGAUGUUCGUGCUAUAGUGUUCACUGACGGAGAGAGGAUAUUGGGUCUUGGUGACCUUGGGGCAUACGGCAUGGGUAUUCCCGUGGGUAAACUCUCGUUAUACACUGCUUUGGCCGGUAUUAAGCCCCACCAGUGCCUGCCCAUUACUUUGGACGUGGGAACCGAUAAUCAGGAUCUUUUAGAGGACCCAUUGUACAUUGGUCUUAGACAGAAACGCGUACGAGGCAAGGAGUACGAUGAGUUUAUCGACGAAUUUAUGGAAGCUUGCGUUCAAAGAUACGGACAAAAUACGUUGCUGCAGUUCGAGGACUUCGCUCUAAUAAACGCUGGUCGUCUACUGAAGAAGUACCGUAACAAAUACUGCACGUUCAACGAUGAUAUCCAAGGUACAGCUAGUGUGGCUGUCGCUGGUCUCAUGGCGGCCGUCAGAGUCACCAAGAGGAAACUCAGUGAAAACAUCUACCUGUUCCUCGGAGCUGGUUCUGCCGCCAACGGUAUUGCCAGCUUAACUGUAGCUGCCAUGGUCGCAGAAGGUUUGACCGAACAACAAGCACAAGAAAGAGUGUACAUGUUCGAUGUGGACGGUCUACUGUCGACCCGCCGUGAAGGCGGAGUUCCUGAACACGCGAAAGCCUUUGGAAAGAACAUCGAACCUGAGAAAGAUUUCGAAGCUUGCGUUGCUAAAAUUAAACCGAGCUGUCUUAUUGGAUGCUCGACGGUCGGUGGUGCUUUCACCCCUAAUGUUCUAAAACAGAUGGCUAAGAAUACAGAACGACCGGUUAUCUUCGCGCUCUCCAACCCAACUAGUAAAGCCGAGUGUACUGCUCAAGCUGCCUACGAUAAUACAGAGGGUCGUUGCAUCUUCGCCUCGGGCUCACCGUUCCCCCCAGUCCAGUACAACGGCAAGGAGUACCAUACCGGCCAAGGCAACAACUCAUACAUUUUCCCCGGAGUCGCCCUCGGAGUCAUCGCUACCGCUACCCACCAUAUACCCGAGACCAUGUUCUUGACUGCUGCCAGGACUUUAGCUCACUACGUCAGCGAAGAGGAUCUUGCCAUUGGCCGUAUUUACCCAUCUCUGGCUGAGCUCAAAGAAGUUUCUGUAAACAUCGCCAUUGAAGUUGCCAAAAUGGCUUAUGAUGAAGGUCUAGCUUCAGUUUACCCUGAGCCGAAGGAUCUUUCGAAGCACGUACAUAACCAAAUGUACAAUUUCCACUAUGAAAGCUCUAUGCCCGUCGUCUGGGAUUGGAAACCCGAAGAAAAGUUUAAUGUAAGACCCAUACAACCAGUCCCCAAAAACAUUUAAAUCAGUAUUAGUUUUGUUUGGGUUGUGUGUCAAAUGUAAUAGUAAAAUUCACCCGUUCAAUCGUAAAAAUCUAUGUGGUUAUUGAAGUAUGAAGAUGGAAAGCAACAGUGCUAUUUUCGUUGCUCAUUAUGUAAAUAUCCCAGUGGUACAUAUUGCUAAAAGUACUAUUGUACAUGAAAGUUUGACGAUUUAAUUAUCUUUUAUUAAUUUCAUAAAAUGGUCGAUUGAGAAAUGAAUUUUCUUGCAAAAU